GUUGGUGACGGGUCGUUCCUUCGCGAAGGAGGGCAGUCCGCUUCGAUCAGAGAGCGCGCCGGCUCGGAGGGGCGGCCGGGGAAAAGAAGAGGCGACCGCUGCUAGCUGCUUUCCUUCUGAGAAGUUGGGGUUUGACUGUGGGAGAGAUCUGGGGGUAUCGGUGGAAGGGGUUGUUGAUGCGUGCCUCGCCGUCGCUACCGUGGCGCGGGGAUGCUGAUAGGAGCCGAGAGUUACCCCAAGCUUUUCCGGAAGUUGUCAACAAAGAACGAGCACAUGUCGGACUCAAACUGUACUGGAGGCAUUGCGGACGUUGCUGGGGUGAUGCUGGUGAACCUAAGUGAUUUCGGCAACGACCUGGAUGCCUUAAUCGGUCACUCGUUCACCUGGGUGGAGUACCUCAAGAUCUGGGUGUACCUAGUCACAAUCCUAGUGGCUGUGGUGGGCAACGCGGGCGUCAUCCUGACUGUGGCGCUCAACCGGAGUUUACGGACUACCAUCAACUGCUACCUGACCAAUCUGGCAGUGGCUGAUGCCAUCAUUAGCAUGUUCUGCAUGUGGGUCCACCUCGUGAAGCAUCUCUUCGACUGGUACAUACUCGGCCCUUUUAUGUGCAAAAUAGAAGGCUUCGCACAGAUGACGGCGCUGACGUGCAGCGUGCUGACGCUGUCGGCCAUCUCGUGCGACCGGUUCACGGCCAUCAUGUACCCGUUCCACGCACGGAUCACCAAGCAGCGCACGGGAGGAGUCCUGGCCUCCGUCUGGCUCAUCUCGGCCGCCGUCGCGUCGCCGCUACUCAUGUACACCACGCCCUACACCGUUCAGUGGACCGAUGUGCGGUUAACGUACUGCGGAGAGAGCUGGCCACAGCGAGUUGUCUUCGACGAGGCGACCGGGGUCUGCGUUGCCCGAUCCGCGUCCAAGCAGCUCUACUACACAGCCGUCACUGUGGCGCUUUUCUUCGUGCCCGUGUUCGUCAUGAGCUCCGCGUACGCCCUCAUUCUGCACGCGCUCUGGAGAGAGCGACAUCCCGGAGAAGCCAACGCCAACAACACUCUUCUGUAUACAAGAGCCAAAAGAAAGGUGGUGAAGUUGGUGUGCGUGGUGCUCAUUGUGUUCGUCCUGUGUUGGAUGCCCUUUCAAGUCAUUGUGCUCUUCUCUCAGUUCAGGGACAACGGUCUCCAUAGCCAACCGCUUCCAUCUUGGUUCUCGCCGGCAUCGUUCUGGUGUACCUACCUGGCGUACGCCAACAGCGCACUCAACCCUAUCAUCUACGGAGGAAUGACGCCUACCCUUAGGCAAGGCCUGGCCAACGUGCUCCGAUGCGGACCCAAAGCUGGCUACCCCAGACGGUGGUCCCUCCACUCUCGAAUGACCCUCACCACGGGGCAGAACGCGGGCAGCCCGUGUCGCUCCGCGCGGCUCUACCACCGGGCGUCCAACUCGGCGACGUCGUCCACCGCGCUUCUGCUGACGAGACAGAAGCCCACACCUCCCGUCACCAGGUGCUCGUCCAGCCGCAAAGGAAGCACUUUCGCCACGGACGUCUGACAGCCCGCGGCAGCUUCGACACUCAUCGUUCACGAGCUCUGCCAUAUCUGUACUUUCAUUAAAGGUGUUCCUUGUGCA